AUGUCUCCCACAUUAGCUUUCCUGCAAGAGAAGGCCCGCGCGCUGGGGCCGUUCUACAUCUGUGCCUCUGUUGUUUCGCUUUUUCUCGUUUGGGCGCUGGUUUCACACUUCACAUCUCCUCUGAGAAGGUUUCCGGGGCCGUUCUGGGCAAAAUGGACAAAUCUCUGGAGGAUGUACCAAUUAUACAAACAGGACUACCAGUUUACCAUCGAGAAGCUUCACAAGAAAUACGGACCCGUCGUGCAAAUUGGGCCCAACACAUUGGACUUGGACUACCCGGAGCUCAUCAAGACACUGUAUGGCACUGACGGGAAAUACAAAAAGACCGAGUUCUACCACAACAGCAGCGCCAUCGUCGACGGAAAGAUCACCUACCAUCUCUUCAGCCAGACAGACCAGGCCGAGCACGCCCGGAUGAAGCGGCCUGUGGUCAAGUACUACUCCAUGAGCAAUGUCCUAUCCCUAGAGGGUCGUGUGGACGAGGUUCUUCAGGACUUCUGCGGCCACCUCGAGAAGCGCUUCAUCAAGGGUGGCAAAGACUGCAACUUGGGAGAGUGGAUUGCGUUUUAUGCCUGGGACUUUAUCAGCUCGGCGACGUUCAGCAAGCGCUUCGGGUACAUGGAGUCGGCCUACGACCACGACGGGACCAUCCACAUCGCCGACCUGGUGGCCGACUACCUGGGCAUGGUGGGCCAGAUGCCCUUCCUCGACUACCUGCUGGACAAGAACCCGAUCAAGCGGAUCGGCCCGCCGAACCUACAGAACGUGACGCGCAUCUCGUUUGGCAAGAUGGUCGACCGGCUCAAGCAGCAGGCGGCGGGCCUGCUGGACGAGAAGCCGGUCGAGGAGCGCGACUUCCUGGACCACUUUGUCGAGGCCAAGGUCAAGAACCCGGACGUGGUGGACGAGAAGCUCAUCCUGGGCUACCUGCAGGUCAACAUGCUGGCGGGCGCCGACACGACGGCCAUCACGCUGCGCGCCCUCUUCCACUUCCUCAUGACCAACCCGGCGGCGCUGCGGCGGCUCGAGGACGAGGUGCUGGCGGCGGGCUUCGACCGGGCCGGCGUGGUGCCCUACAGCGCGGCGCGCACGCUGCCCUUCCUCGACGGCGCCGUGCGCGAGGCCAUGCGCCUGCACCCGGGCGUGGGCAUGCUGCUCGAGCGCUACGUGCCCGAGGGCGGGCUGUCGCUGCCGGCGGGCGGCGGCUUCGUGCCGGCGGGCACGGGCGUCGGGAUCAACCCGUACGUCAUGGGGCGCAACAGGUCGGUCUGGGGCGCCGACGCGGACGAGUUCCGGCCCGAGCGGUGGCUGGCGCGCGAGGGCGAGCCCGAGGCCGACUACCAGCAGCGGCUGCGGCGGAUGAACGCGGCGGACCUGACGUUUGGCGGCGGGUCGCGCAUCUGCAUCGGGCGCAACGUGGCGACGCUCGAGAUCUACAAGGUCGCGGCCACGCUGGUCAACCGGUACCGCAUCCUGCCGCCGGCGGUGCCGAGCAAGUUUGUCAUUGUGUCGUCGUGGUUCCCGCGGCAGACGGGGCUGACGUGCCGGCUGGAGAAGCGCGAGUAG